AGCAGGGUCGCACUUUCCGCCUGUACCCGCUACCUGUGCCGUCGGCCCGCUGCGGGUGGAAAUGAGCGCUUGAAGGUGGGGCAGGAAAGAGGGGCGUUGGAGACAUAACCACCACCAAUGAACAGCAUUGCCAAAAGCCUUCUGAAGUCAGCUAAACACAGCCGAGCCGCGUGGUUGAGAAGCAGAUCUGAUCCCUCUGGAAAACGGCAUCCUCGGAAGCUGGUUCUGGGAAUCGAGACGAGCUGCGAUGACACCGGCGCUGCCGUGGUGGACGAUGCCGGCUGCGUUCUGGGGGAGGCGCUGCACUGCCAGAAGGAAGUCCAUUUACAAACAGGUGGAAUAAUUCCUGUGGUAGCACAGCAGCUUCACAGAGAAAACAUUGAGCGAGUGGUAAAAGAGGCGCUUGGUACCAGUGGCGUUUCCAUACCUGACCUCACCGCUGUCGCCACCACAGUCAAGCCAGGACUUGCACUGAGCCUUGGUGUGGGGCUGCAGUACAGCCUGGACUUAGUGAACAAGUACCAGAAGCCAUUCAUACCCAUCCAUCACAUGGAGGCUCACGCCCUGACCGUCAGGCUGACCUGUCACCUGGAGUUUCCCUUCCUGGUGCUUUUGCUCUCCGGAGGCCACUGUCUCUUGGCAGUAGCACAGGGAGUUUCAGAUUUCCUUCUGCUUGGACAGUCCAUAGAUAUAGCACCAGGGGACAUGCUGGAUAAGGUAGUACUUCUUUACGUAGCUAGAAGACUAUCCUUAAGAAAGCACCCUGAGUGCCACAGCAUGGCUGGGGGGAAGGCAAUAGAGCACUUGGCUCAGACUGGAAACCGGCAGCAGAUCAUGUUAAGACUUCCCAUGCAACAGUAUCGUAACUGUGACUUUUCUUUCUCUGGACUUCAGAACAUUGUCAAUAACACCAUUACACAAAAAGAAAAAGAAGAAGGUAUUCAAGAAGGUGAGAUCCUUUCCUGUGUUAAGGAUAUUGCUGCUGCUGUGCAGCACACAGUGGCUGUGCAUAUUAUGCAGCGGACGUACCGAGCCAUGCUGUUCUGCAUGAAAAAUAGCAUAUUGUCAUCAAAAAAUGCAACUUUGGUUAUAUCAGGAGGAGUUGCAAGUAACGAGUAUAUCCGAAAAGGUCUGCGGACUUUGGCAGAUAUAAAUGGUUUUGCUUUUCUGUGUCCUCCUCCAAGGCUGUGCACUGAUAAUGGUGUUAUGAUUGCAUGGAAUGGCAUUGAAAGGUUACGUGCAGGACUCGGUGUUUUACACAGUACUGAAGGCAUCCGCUAUGAACCAAAAGCUCCCCUUGGAAUUGAUAUUUCAAAAAGAGUUGCAGAAGAUUCCAUCAAGGUGCCAAGACUAAAAACGAUACUACAGUUGGCAUCUUAAAAAGUAGCUUGGUAAAGUAAAUGCAACUAUAAAUUUCUCACUAAAAACUUUUUCAAUGAUGUUACAUUUACUGACGGCACUUGGUUUACAAGUGUUGAAAAUCACCUACCAGAGAAAUAAAUGCUGUGUGGUAUCACCAAAGUGAUUCCAGUUACUGUUCCAUAGAUGUCUAAGAGUUCUAGGGAUUAACACAACUAAAAAUUAAGUGUACUUUCUAAUAAAUAUAAACUUACACAAAUGAAAAAA